AUGGCUUUGGCUUGGUGCGCUGUACGCAGGUCAGCUUCUAAUUUUGCUUCCUUGUGUGGUGGUCGAGUCCGAAUUAUCUCCACCGUUGUGGACCGUCCGUCUCUAGCUCUCAACCCGUCACCGGUGCGUCCCUUUGUCUCUAGUAGCUUUUACAACCCCACGGUUGUUGAUCAGCUGAGCUCCGAGCAAACGCUUAUCCGGGAGAUUGACUCCGAGAUCAAUUUUGCUUCGCGAAUCAAUGAUUUGUUUAAGCAUGAAGAGACUCCAGAAAGAUCACCUUUCAGAAUUGAAGAUGAUGGAGGUAAGACUGUGACAUUGACUAGAGACUACAAAGGGGAACAUAUUAAAGUUGUAGUAGGCCUGCCUAGUCAUGGAGAUGGAGUAAAGAUACCACUAACUGUGAAUGUUACCAAGAAGAGCGGACUCAGCCUAGAGUUUCGAUGCAAGCUUAUUAAUGAAUAUGAUGUUAUUCACAUAGAUGGUGUAUUUGGGGAUCAUUCGGUUGAUUCUUUGAAAGAUCAACUGACGAAUGAAGGGUCUUAUUUCAAAGACGUGGAUCAUAAACUGCAGAUGGCGUUCUACAAGUAUCUGGAGACCAGAUUGACAAAAGGCACAAUGUAUUUUUUGUAUCACUACAUGAUGACGAACGAGCGACGCCACUUCUUAUGGUUGAAGGAUGUCAAGAAGUUCUUGGAUGAUGAAAGUUAA